AUGUCCGCCGCCGCCGCCGACGGCCGGCGGCAGCGCUGCGUCGACGGGAUCGGGCUGCGCCGUCGCCGGGCGUGCGCCCGGCGCGCGGGCCUGCUCGUCGCCGACGUCGCCGCGGCGCCGCUCCUCGCGCUGCUUUGCGUCGCCGCGCACCGGCAGCGGCCCGUCUUCGGCGCCGGCCGGCCGCGGGGCGACCUCGCGUACUACGCCGUCCUCCUCCGCCAGGCGGCGCUGGUCGCCGUCGACGCGGCGUCGCUGCCGGCGUUCGCGCUGGCGCGGCUCUCGCCCCGCUGGGCGCGGCUCCGCGACGGCGCCCUGAGCCCCUACGACCCGGCGAGCGCCGCCGUCGACGCCUGGGCCUGGCGGCAGGCGGCGCUCGCGGCGCUCGACGUCGCCGCGCUGCCCUGCUACGUCGUCGCCGUCGUGCUGGGCUUCCGCGGCGGCGUCGCCCGCGACGCCAUGCGGGGCGCCGCGCACGAAGACGGCGGGCCCUGCGCGGCCCACGCCGUCGUGCUCCGCGAGUGCCUCCUCGCGGUCCACGACGUCGCGCUCCUGGCGCCGGCGUGCGCCGUCGUCGCGGCGACCCCGUAUCGGUUGCCGUUCCUCGUCGAGGCCUGGCGGCGGUCCCGAGCGUGCCGGACUUUUGAAGCCGCGGCGGACGACGACGCGCCGCCGGACGCGCGGCAGUGGGUCGCGGAGACCUUCGGCGACAUGGAGGCGUACCUCGCGAGCCAGCUCGACGACGGCGACGACGUCGACCAGAGUCUCUACCACGUCCGCGUGGACCUCGGCGACGACGACGCCAGGGCGCCGCCGCCGCCGCCGCCGCCGCCCUUCGCGCCGGGCUCGCCGCGGCGCGCGGCGUGGGCGGAGCUCGCCGGCGCGUGCGGCGACGCGCCCUUCGCUGCGCUGGGCCUCGCGGCGCUCCUGACGGCCUGGCGCGCCCCCGACGUCGUCGACGCCGCCGCGACGUUCGUGCGCGACGGCGCCGCGAGCGGCCGCGCGGCGCUGCGCUUCGAGGCCGCGGGCGACGCCGCGAGCGCGCCGGACCUGCGGGACGCGACGCUCCACGUCUCCGGGGACGCCGCGCGGCUCCGGUGCCGCCGCGCGCUCGGCGCGGCGGUCUGCGGCGCGCUCGAGGCCGCGCUGCCCCUGGCGCUCGACGACGUCUCCUCCGCGGACCUCGCCGCGGCCGCGACGGCGGCGGGCGGCGCGUUCACGGUCGAAAUCGAGGGCGCCUGGAGCGCCGACGCCGUGGCGCGGGCCUGCGCGGCCGUCGGCGCCGACGAGGCCGUCGUCGUCCAGGUCGAGGCCGUCGACGAGGACGCCGGGCCCGUCGUCGUCGCGGCGGCCGCGCUGCGCCUCGGCGACGUCGCCGCGGCGGCGCGCGACGGCCGCGACGUCGACGUCGCCCACGCGGGCGACGCCCGGGCCCUCGACCGGGCGCGCGGCGGCGGCGCGCCGCGCGACGCCUUCCCGGCGACCGUGUCGGCCGCGUGCCGCGACGCGGACCUCGGCCACGCGCUCCUGGCCGUCGUCCCGCUCCUCCACCCGUUUCGGGGCCCGCGGCUCGCGAGGGCGCUCUUAGCGCCGCC